AUGACUGCGAAUUACCGGAAGGGGCUAGAACGGCAAGGAACCAACCCGGAUCGACCAUCGCGCAGCAUGGCCUCGCAAACCCAGGACAAGUCGCGUCGCGGCUCUUACAUUGGCUCCGCCGCCGACUCCUCCGACCAACCCUCGCUGCGAUACUCCUCCGUGCCCGGGCCUACGUCGGAGAGGACCGCCCGCGCCGUCCAGCAGCAGCAGCAGCAGCAGCAGCAACCGCCGGCCAAGCCUGCGCCAGCCACCGCCAAAGGGGAGACCUACCACCGCCGCCCCGAACUCAUGAACGUACGAAGGAAGAGAAGCGGCUCCGAAUUCCGCGAGGAGGGUUUCUGCGACGACGAGCAGGAGAAGGAAGCACGGAAGGCCCCUGCGCUGGAGGCGGACAAGGCCCACGUCACCGACGCCGACAUCCUGUCGGACCUGUGCCAGUGGAUAGAAAUGUCGACGGCGGGGAGCACCAAGGGCACCCGCCUCGCCCACAGCUUCGCCUCGGCGAGCUCGCACCCGCCCAUCACCAAGCACUCGCUGAGCGAGCUGGACAUUGGCGCCAUCAUCAACAACCCGAAGCUGCGCCACGACGUCAACUUCGACCGCGAGCUGCACUUCAGGCCCAACUUCGACGGCGCCAAGGGCAAGUUCAAGCUGAAGACGGCCGAGGAGUACUGGAACGCCCUGGCCGCCGAGUUGGAGCUCUACACGUUCCUCUUCAACGGCGCGCCGUCGGUGACGCUGCGCAAGGGAGCGACGUGGCCGCGUGUCAUUCAGAUUGCCCAGAGGCGGAUACCGCUCAUGUUUGACACCAUCAGGGACAUCAUCAAGAGCUUGGUACCGGAGAGGGAUCAGUCGAGGGUGGACGAGCAGCUGGACACGAAGAUGCUCAUGCAACAGAUCGAGAAGGGGGUGUGUGACCUGGUCAGCGUGGCGAAAUGGCUUUCGCACUUGCUGAAGGCACACUGCGCUCCCGUGCGUGACGAGUGGGUGGACAAGAUGGUGGAGCAAAUCGAUUUGGGCACAAGAGGCGGCAGUGGCAGGUCGUUGGUCAACGGGCUGAGGGAGCUUUUGGGGAUCCUGGAAGCCAUGAAACUGGACGUGGCCAACCACCAAAUCCGUCACCUCCGCGCCUUGCUGAUCGAGGAUACCAUCAACUUCGAGCAGAAGUACCACUUGGACCGGAUUUCGAGACGACGCAUCCUGGUCGAGCGGUCGCAAUGCUGGUUCGCUCAACAUGCAAUCACCUGCCGUAGCAUACCUGCCGAUCGCCACGUUAGGGACCGGGGCUUGAGAGUGAUCGUCCGUGGCUUGCUGUCGUUGUUGACCUCGUCGGAUCGCCAAGGUUCGUUCCCCGAGACGUUCUAUUUGGACUUUGACCGCUUGCGUCUCUUGAGAGCGGAAUUCCGUGAUCAGGUAUACCUUGGCGUUGCCACCGAUACGUUCAAGUCCCUUCUGAGAAGGACGGGCUUUGCGAGGUCGGUGCCCAACACCCAUGUGCAGGCAUUGCGGGAAGCCGUGUCUGCCAUUGUGGUUGUCAAUGAGGUUGCUGGUACAAACAGCAACCAGCACUGGCUCGUCAACAUAGAUAAUAUCUCGGUGGAAAUUGUCCGCCAUGCUCUUUCCCUCUGCGGAGCAGCAUCAAACUACGAUGCUGACCUCGUCGAUGCAACCGCCGAACGACUCCGGCACCUCAUUCGCCCGGAAUUUGGCAUGGUAUUCCACGAGCAAGCCAACGCCAUGCGCGAAUCGCUGGCGGCCCGCGUGACGAAGAGCACCGAAUCCUUCGUCUCUUCAUCCCCUGUCGACAUCUUCAACUCCUUGAUCGCCUCGCCUGCAGCGUCUACGGUUUGCGCCACCUCGAACCAUGAAGAGCCCGAAGGCCCCGAGGCCGAAUACCUCGACGAUAUUGCUCGCCGUAUCACACACAUAGCCGUUCUGCACUGGCGCAUUUGGGGCACCAUUGUCUACUCGCAGACCACCGCAUUCACUACGCUUAUGCGCAACCCUGUGCCCGAAACAUCGCAUUCCUCCUCCAUCUCCUCUACGGAGACCAUGCUCGACGUCAAUGCUUCUGCAGCGUCUUGGACCGACGAUGGCCUCGAGACUCCCAGCACAACAAGCAGUCCGGACCCCCAACAACAACAACACACCCUUCAUCAACAAAAUCUACCCCAACGACGCGCGAGGAGAUGGAGCAGUGCCAAUGAGCGGCGCCCUCCAACCACGAGCUCCGCCGAACCCGGUGCCGCUGCACUCUCAGCACCUCCCAGCCAGCAAGAUGGUUCCGACGGACAAUCCGAUGACCAGAGCAGUGGGAAUGCUGGCAGCGGCUUGGAGCGGUUGGUUUACCGGCAGCGUUGA